AUGGAGGGCGAUCUUGCACUAGCACCAGAAGAUAUGCUCAAGCGUCCAGGCACCCCACUGCAACCCGAAGGUCCUAUGAAGCGCCAGGCAAUUACCAUCGCCCAAGAUGUAACAGCUCCCACCGUCUUGCAAGACAAGAGCACCCUUCAAUCCGCUGCCAGUAGUGCUUCACACCGCUUGUCAUCUAGCAGCUUCGUUCCAGAUCUUGGCUCUGACGAAGAGGCUAUGCUUGCUGCCCCCAGCGCUCUAUCUCGCUUUCUAGGCGCCAGCGUUGACGCACACACUUCCGAGCCUGGCGACGACGAUCUGUUCAUUCAUUCGCUGAAAGCAAUUAUCAUCAGAGAAAAGCGAGAUGUCAUGGAAGUAUGCGAAGCAGUCCUUGCUGGCUGUGUUCCAGAUCCGCGCCGAUACGAUGAAAGCUCAGCUGCCGCCACGGUUGUCCGCAUGGUCAACAAACUCAAUAGCGACAUUGAGGAUUAUCGUGAGGAAGCACGUGUCGCGAAGAAAGAGUACGAUGAUCUGAAGCGUCAGAACAAGGAGUUUCGCGCCAUCCUCCGGUCCAAAGACUACAAUUACGAGCCAGCUCCCCAAAAUCCGCCGUCGAAGUCCCAAGGCGAACGAAAGCGUGUUCCUAAGACCAGUCCACCUUCCAAUACGCUCUCAAUCGUCUCCAUCGAUGCAACUGGCCCUGCGCCCCACGGAGGCUUCCCUGAUGGAGCAGAUCCAAACAAGAUCUUUACCGCAGCGCUACAGCCCAAGGACGACACAACAGGUGCCAAGGUCACUUUCUUGGUCAAUCUGAUUGGUUUGGCGAUCGAUUACUCCUCCGCGGGAAGUCCUAUUGCACUCUACAAAUGUGUUCAGGAUCUGGAGACUGAGUCUACCGUUCCCCCCAAGUUCUCCGAUGUUAAGCGCACGGCCAUCGAAGCUCUUACAUCUCGCUUUCCUGUCGUGUUCAAGGGAGUGGAGAAGGUGUCUAUCGCUGUGUGGUAUCUUGUGGCCAAGCUCCCUGGCACUGACGGAGCAACAAUUCUCAUCGAAGGUCAACGUGACUUGAGUUCUUGGGUGCAGAGUCUGGCUGACAAUCACAACGGUCGUUCCACCGCUCCGGAAACCCCACGUGGUGUUCUCACUGUCUACGUUGCUCGGCGCUCUCAGCGUGACAGAAUGCAAGCCCUUGUCGAGAAUCAGCACAGCGUUUCGAUUCCUUAUGGCAAGGAAGCCGUCACUUCCAGCAACGUCGCCGUCAAGGCCAAUGCUACGAAGAACGAGGAGGCUGCUGUCACCGGCACGGUCGAAGAAGGCAGCAGCUUCGCAAACGCCACCGAAGCCUAG